AUGUUCAUUAAAAUUUUAUCUUCACUGCCCAGUGCAAUAAUUAAGAAUUCUUCAUUUCUAUUACAAAGGCCAUUAACCACAAUGCAUAGCAACAUCAUAACUAAAGAGUUUGGCAAAUUUAAAGUUCAAGUGCUUCCAGCGUUAUCAGAUAAUUUUAUGUACUUAUUAAUUGAUAAUAGCACGAAAGAAGCAGCCAUUGUCGAUCCUGUAGCACCGGAUGUGGUUUGGGAUGCAGUCCGUAAAGAAAAUGUUAAAUUAACAACUGUACUCACAACACAUCAUCAUUGGGAUCAUGCUGGUGGCAACAAAGAACUUAUUAAUAGCAAUACCAAUGAUCAAUUGACUGUUAUUGGAGGUGACGACCGAAUUGAUGGCCUUACAGUUAUGAUUGAUAAACACAGAGUAGAUUUUCAAUUUGGAUCAUUAAAUAUUAAAUGUCUGCGCACACCUUGUCACACCACUGGACACAUUUGCUAUUAUGUUAAUGAAGGGCAAGAUGAUGUUGUUUUUACAGGAGAUACACUAUUCUUAGGAGGCUGUGGUAGAUUUUUUGAAGGUACUGCAACACAAAUGUAUGAGGCGUUAAUCAAAAUAUUAUCACAGUUACCUGACAGCACUGCUGUGUUUUGUGGACAUGAAUAUGCCAUUCAAAAUUUGAAGUUUGGACUACAUGUUGAACCAUCCAACCAAUAUAUAUUGAAUAAAUUGGAGGAUGUCGAAACCAAACGAAAAUUAAAAGAACCAAGUGUUCCAUCAACUAUUGGAUUAGAAAAGCUCAUUAAUCCAUUCAUGAGAGUAGAAAAUGAAUCAGUCCAAAAAGUCACUCACACAGUUGGUGAUCCAAUUGAAACAAUGAAAAUGUUGAGGGACUUAAAAAACAAUUUAUGA